AUGGCGACUGUGUCCGCUCUUGCCAAAUACAAGCUCGUUUUCUUAGGUGAUCAAUCGGUUGGGAAAACCAGCAUCAUCACUCGCUUCAUGUAUGAUAAGUUCGACAAUACCUAUCAGGCUACUAUUGGUAUUGACUUUUUGUCAAAAACAAUGUACCUUGAAGAUCGCACAGUUCGUUUGCAGCUUUGGGAUACUGCAGGACAAGAAAGAUUUAGAAGUCUCAUUCCAAGCUAUAUAAGAGAUUCUUCUGUCGCGGUUAUUGUAUAUGAUGUUGCCAACCGGCAAUCAUUUCUUAACACUAGCAAGUGGGUUGAGGAGGUACGUACAGAACGAGGCAGUGAUGUUGUUAUCGUUUUGGUUGGAAACAAAACUGAUCUUGUUGAAAAAAGGCAAGUCUCUAUAGAGGAAGGAGAUGCCAAGUCACGCGAAAGUGGGAUCAUGUUUAUUGAAACCAGUGCAAAAGCAGGAUUUAAUAUCAAGCCUUUAUUUCGCAAGAUUGCUUCAGCUCUGCCCGGGAUGGAAACUCUUUCUUCAACAAAGCAAGAAGACUUAGUUGAUGUAAAUUUAAAAUCCACCGUGAAUUCAUCCCACACAGAGCAGCAGGGAGGAGGUUGCCCAUGCUAA